UGGUGAAGCUUGGUCUCUUUGUUAUGACUCAUUUGUUGGGAGUGGUGUAUUUAGUAACUGGUAGACCUUUUAUCAGUAUUAAGGAUGAUAUUAUUGAAAUAGUUUAUCAGCUAAAUUUUUGAGUAAUGACUUGAUCACUUGUUUUCUUUAAGGAAAAAAUGAUUGGAAUUCUACUUCUGAAGAUAUUUUUAUAUAUGCUUUAAUAGCAGGCCCAGCAAUGGGGUUGUUGAUUAAUAUAUUUUUCUUACUAAAGAUUUUCUAUCAAUUUCUUCAAAGAAAACAAAGCAAAAAGGUAGAGGCUAGAACUAGAUCCAAAGUUGUAGUUUUAAAAGAAGAAGAGAAAGCAAACUUUCAUAAUAAAGUUGUUCCGAAAAUGAAUAAUCUGAGAAAAGGUGCAAACAUUCAGAGUCCUUCGAAGUUAAUAAGCUCAUUACCAGAGGAGGAAAAAUCUAAAGUCUCAUCUCUCAAAAGUUUUCUGUAGAUCCAAAGCCAGUAGCUGACGAUUCUAGCUUGUCUAAUAACUCGGUAAAAUGCUCCAAAUACACUUUAAAACGUUUCA